AUGACGACCACUUCUCCCAUAGAGCGUCUUCCAUAUGACUGCCUCUCCGAAAUGUUCGCUCAUGCCUGCAAGUCUCCUUUCGACGCAGCCCGUAGCUACCUCAACUGGCCUCACAGGAUCAUCGCACUGCGCUUGACAGGCGUAUGCUCGCACUGGCGCAAAGCCCUACUUUCCAAUACCGCCCUAUGGUCCACCUUUGAAUACAUCCACGAGCCGCCGUACACACAAGCGAGCAUCGAUUGCCUCCAACUCUACCUCGCCAGGUCUGGUAAUCACGUCCUGUCGUUCACCAUCCACGACCACAAAGACCAGGAUCCAGACUUCAUCGUACCCGAUUCCCAACAGAGCGAAUUCAUGCAAAUCAUCUGCGCUGAGGCCCAUCGAUGGAAACGAGCCAACUUUAACACAAAGGCCCCCGAAUUCGACGCCAGCGCCGGGACUUUUUCCAUGAAUGCCCCAGCUUUGCGCUCCGUAGAGGUUCAGCUUCACAAGGCAAAAAAGAACAACUUCUCCCUCCCCUGGGGACAGAUCACCGACCUCAAGCUCUUCCCCGAAUCUUCCAUCUCGCGGGCUACCCACAUCCUCCCAUUAUGCCGCAAUCUCCGGCGUCUGGAACUCUGGAAUCACUUAGUUGAUUUCACCGGCCCCAUCCCCGCCCCGACAGUCGUCAACGGAGUCGAAUCAUUGGUCAUAGCCGCCAUGGCUUCUCCUUCCGUCAUUCCCUUCUUCGUCUUUCCCGACGUUGUCUCCUUAACAAUCAAUGGCGCAGGUCGCACAAUAUCACCAGGAAGGGAGCUUAUAUCAUUCCUAUCUCUACCCUGUGCGCCUCAGCUCCAACACCCAAUAUUUGACGACACCUGUAUAACGGACGACUUUGUGCUUGAGAUAUUGUCCCUGACACCCUCAUUGCACACCUUGGAGAAAUACACCUAUACCUACGAUGAAGAGGCCAUCCCAGGACCUAGCUUCCUCCGCCGCCUAACCCUGACCAGUCCCAGCCACUCAAACCUCGUUCCCCACCUGAAAACCCUCAAGAUCAGAGUUUCAGGCCCAGCUCAGGAUUUGAUCGACAUGCUCAGGUCUCGUCUCCAAGGCUCCGCGCGCUGUCUCGACAGCGUCACCCUUGAAGGUGGUCCGCGUCUUGCUGCCCUCGGGGACGAGGUAUCAGAGAUGGCAAGGGACUUCUACGAGUUUCGUACGCUCGAUAAAGUUGGGCGCAAGUCCUCCGUCGGGUUCUCCUUGUCGAAAAAGGUAUUGACUAAUUAA